AUGCCCCACGCACCUAGAAACAGCUUCAUUGCUCCUGGCGUUACUCGCUUCUCUCGCUCUGCUGCCUACGCCAAGAAGGCCGCUUACAAGCGCAAGCACGUCACUGUUGCUGCUGCCCCUAAGGCUGCUGCCACUGACAAGACUGUUGAAGUUAAGGGUGGUAAGAACGGUGCCAAGCGUACUGUCCCCGCUCAAAAGGCUUCUCGUUUCUACCCCGCUGAGGAUGUUCCCCAACCUAAGCUCGGUCGUAAGACUGCCAAGAAGACUGGUCUCCGUUCCACCAUCACUGCUGGUACCGUUGUCAUUCUCCUCGCUGGUCGUUACCGUGGAAAGCGUGUCGUUGUCUUGAAGCAACUCGAUUCUGGUCUCCUCCUCGUUUCCGGUCCUUUCAAGAUCAACGGUGUCCCCUUGAGACGUGUCAACCAAGCCUACGUCAUCGCCACCUCCACCAAGCUCGACCUCUCUGCUGUCAAGAUUGAUGAGAAGAUCAACGAUGCCUACUUCAAGAAGGCUGCCAAGACUGAUAAGGCUUUCCUCGAAGGUGAGUCCAAGAAGGCUGCUUUCCCUGCUUCCAAGGCUGCUGACCAAAAGGUUGUCGAUAAGGCUCUCCUCGAAGUUGUUGCCAAGACUCCUUUCCUCCGUCAAUAUCUUGUCUCUACUUUCUCUCUUCAAAAGGGUCAAUUCCCUCACGCCAUGAAGUUCUAA